AUGAGCCACUUGUCGGCAAGUGGGGAGGAACUGAAAAGAAAAAGACAAGACGAUGAUGAUGAUGAUUCGGAAAACAAUGAAUCAUCGAUGGAUCAUGAAGAAAUGAAUAAAUGUCUUGGUAAAAUUUGCUGUUCAGUCCACUUUCCAAAGAAUUCACUUCCCAUUGAAGUAAGAUUAGAAAACAAGCACAAGGAAAAUCAACAACAAACCACACCAUACAACCUAUUUUAUAGACAAGUCCUAUCAGCAUCAAAAUUUGUCAAUUUACCUAAUAAUAUGAGUAAUGAGAGAUUUUUGCUUUUAGCAUUCCUUAUCCAACAACAUUCGGCUGUUACUGGUGGAGUUGCAAUAUUUGAUUUAUGGAAGAAGGAAUUUAUUGGAGAAUCGGAAUAUGUGAUGGACAAUGCUAUGUGGGAGAGUUCAGAAAUUAAUUUGAUAGUUUUUGAAAAUAGUCCCUACUUUCUUUGUUAUUCAUUGGAAUGUAUCAAGUUGAUGAAAAUUCAUGAGAAUGGGAAAAUUACAUUCGUGAAAGACUUGGAAAGGUUAAUGGGGCUCGAAUUGAAAGAAAGUGAUCUUUUGGUAUUCCAUACAUCAGUUUUUAAACUGAAAUAUUUAAGCAAAGAAGUGUUGGAGAGUAGAUCAUCAAUUUCAUGCUUUGAAGUUUAUGAGGAAAGUCUCAAAGAAAUGGGUGCAACUCUUACACCAAGCACCCACAGUUCUCAAUUAUUGAAAUAUAAUGCAGAAGAAGGAAGUGGAAGUGUGGUUUCAUAUGGUGGCUCUUCAUAUAGAUCUUACACCUCAUCCAAGAUUAUUAGAUUUGAUUUUAAUACAUAUGGUAGUGGGCAAACAAGAGAUUUUGAAUCCAUAUAUGAUGCAGAAGCUGGUAGAAAUGCGACUGCACUCAUAGCUGGUCGAUAUCUAAUCAGUUUUGGUGGAUAUUACAAAGAUAGAGAAGAUUUGGUGCAAAUAGAAGAAAAUUCCUCGAGGGAAGAACUGGAAAAUAUUAGAAAUCAUCUGGUGGAUACAUUGACCGAACAAAUGAUUGCAAAUCAUGUGCCUCCCCCAGAAUACCAACAUCAAGAAUUAAAUGUUGAAUUAAUUCAUAGGCUUGAUGAAAGUGUGAAAUAUGAAAUUAUCGAAUUUAUUCCAACCUAUUCAAAGUGGAAGAAGAUCGCCAAGAUGGAUAAGAAACUUGAACAACUUGGCAUGAGCAAGAUUAAAAAGAGAAAGAAGGAGGAAAGAAUUGACUCUCCGAUCACCACCAUUCACAAAAUGAGACUAGUUUCUAAACACUUCAAUAGAAGAAUGAUGCUGAAAUUGUUGAAAAUGUCUGAAUUUAUGAUCAAUUCAACAGUUGAUCCUUGUAUCAAAUAUUACUUUACACUUUUUAGAGAACAGAGGAAAUUUGUGGAGAAUGGGUGUAAAUUAGACACAGAUGCAUUACUAUUGUAUCAGGAUAUUGAAAUAUUGAAACCAAAGCCACCAGUCUUCUCAUCAAUUUUUGGAAAUUUUUCAUUUAAAUCAGCUAGUGGAGAGGAAAGCAAUACUGUGAAAAGAAGUAACACAUCAACUUUUUCUUAUUUUAAACCAACAACAAUCAAUUAUGCAGAAAGAAUUGAAGAAAUUUCGCCAGAUUUUAUUGGAAGCAAUACCACAGUUAAAGAGUUGAUGAUUUUCGAUUUGAAACACCACAGUUUCUUGUCAAAUUUGAAAGAACUCAAAAAAUUAAUAUUGGUGAAAAAUCCACACUUCCAAUACAUUAUCUACUUGGUUAAUCAAUAUCAAAAUGGAAGAUUGUAUGAACCGCUAUCAAUAGUUGAUGAUAGUAUGAUUCUUUAUGGAUGGAAUCCAGAAAAUCAACUGCAAGAACUUUCGGCAAUGACCUUCUCCCCUAAUUUGUCAGUGAAAGUUAUUUGGAAGUGUGUAAACUUGUUAGAAAAUUUCAAAGGUUUGGUAUUAUCUCAAAAUCAUAGGAUUGAUGAUAUUAUUCUCAUGUUGAUGAUGACACAACCUCAACAGUUGAUUGAAAAAUUGGCAGAGUUCAUCCAGGAUGGAGAUGUUUCAGUUCCACUCAUUGUAAGGGUCUAUAAUGAAAAUUUGCUGAAUUUUCUAAGCCAAUAUCCAGACGCUGUCAAAAAAUAUUUCAAGAAUAACGAAAGAAAUGACAAUAUUCUCCAUAUUAUUGCAAGCAAAAGAGGAAAUAAUCUUUCCAAAAUUCAUCUAUUUCCAUUGCUUUCAUUACUCAAAGCACUUCCAGAAAUGGCACACGAAGUCAAUAUUGAUGGAAACACUCCAUUGGAUCUACUUUAUGAUGAUUCGAAUGAGCUUCAUAAGACUAUUAUCGAUGAUACUUUUCCCAAUUCCAAGCCAAGAAAUAAUUGCUAG